AUGACCCAGCCCUGCACUCGUAUGAAUAAUGAUGACCUGGCCUUUUUGCCUCGGGACAUUUUCUGGUUAAUUCUAGCCUACUUGGCCCCCGGGGAUCUCAUCCGUUGUCGCCGUGUCUCUAAAUCAUGGAACGAAGCGUUCGACAACCCAGCUAUCCUGGUCCCACUCUUGAAAAGACACUUCCCUUGGACAGAAGAAGCCAAAACAGUACGCGCUAGACUCAUAGACUCCAAGGAUCGCGAGGCUUGCCGUCUCUUUGAUCAAGUCACUGCGCGAUAUCACCAUCUGGAACACGGGAAGCCCCGCUCUGUACAAAAGUACCGCCUGUGUGACGACUUCGGAGGUGCAGGAGACCGGGAAUGGUACCAGGUGCAGCCGUGGGAGUCGCACGCAAGCCAUGUUCGGCAGACGGUGGAUCGCCAGUUCUCCGAGGCGUUAUGGACUCACGAAGAUGGGCUGCUAGUCUACCCUAGUGCCCAUCACCAAUGUCUGGUGUUGAUGGACCUGAGCAAUGACCGGCACUUUAUGGUCCCUUUCAUUGUUCGCGGCAAGGUUGUCCGUAGGGUGCGAUUGCAGAAGCGACUACUGGUUGUCGAAUGGGCAGAACCAAAAGCUUUCCACUGGCUCAAUGAUAGCGAUGGUGUGCAUCGCCAUUUUGCUUCGUCGUUCGACCUGAAGCGCAAACCAGAUGAUGGAUGGAGCAUCGUUCCACGAAACCAAUGGAAGAUCAUGUUUCUUGGACAUCCGCUCAGUGAGCGGGACCGAUUCUUCUCCGCGCAUAGUGACACUUAUUAUGUGAUAUACAUCUGGCAACCCAACCGCAGCUUAUAUACCGCUGACGAAGACGCUCCCAUCGAAUCGUUGUUUGUGUGGGAUAUUUCCAAGCCAUCUUCAUAUCUACCAUCAUUAGAUCCCACUGGCCGCCAGACAGGCCCAGACGUCGACCAGUCUCCAUCUAUCGUGGCUCGGUUCGGCUUCCGGGACCUCGAAUUCUUCGGCGUGCGCCAACGUGGUUGCCCAAGUAUCCAGCGACUCGAGGUUACCGAUGACGGUCAUUCGAUCAUAAUAACAGAGAACCUCAACACGUGGCUUACAGCCCCUGACCCCCUUGGCUUGCCUCGGGCCAUAACCACCAGCAUUCCAUUACAAGGCCAUGGUCCCCACUGGCGACAAGAAAGUAACCUUCUCCUUCCACCCUACCGUGGUAACUGCAGCCUACAAACACCACCAGUGAGCACUAUGGCUUUGUUUGUUGAUAGUUGGUACGGCAUUAUUGCACAGGUGACGGAUUCGAAUGCUGGGCUCAACUUCUGCUUGCAUUUUGAUCCAGUUCAGUGGGAUGCAGAUGGCAGAGAUAAUGAACAUAAGGAUCAGACCAUAAACUUGUCGAUUCAGACCAUGGAUUCUAGGAUGACAAAGGAGAAUCAUGAUUUUACAGGCCGAGGGAAGAUCAGUGGUUGCGAGAGAUAUCUCAUAGGUGAGAAUUGUAAUCGUGAACUGGUCAUCUAUAGAUUUGAUCGAUGA